AUGAGGGCCGCCAUGAGGACCACUACCAUGACCAUUGGCGUCACCGCCAUGAGGACCGCCCUGAGGACCACUGCCAUGCCCAUUGGCGUCACCGCCAUGAGGACCGCCCUGAGGACCACUGCCAUGACCAUUGGUGUCACUGCCAUGAGAAUCGUCCUGAGAACCACCAUCAUGGCCUUCGUGGCUAUCGCCAUGAGAAUCGUCCUGAGAACCACUACCGUGGCUCUCGUGGCUAUCGCCAUGAGCAUCGCCGGAGACGACCGAAGACCCAGAGCCAGUGGGAGUGGGAGGUGCAGAGUGGCUUAG